AUGUCUGAAAAUAAUAUAUUUGUUUCCGAAGAAGUUCCCGAUGAAGGACAAUCUAAUUUAUCAGUAGAUGAUUUGAAAUGUUCAGAAGAUCCUGAAGUAAUUAUGGAGAAAUUAGAAGAAUCCGAAAUGAUUCCAGGGUUAUUUGAUUUUAUUAAAAAACACGAGAUUGAAGUUGAUAAGAUUUACAGAUCAUUUAAAUCUUUUACAGAACUUGACAAUAGUGAUGUAAAGCUUAUUAACGAUCUAGGUAAUUUGACUCCCGAAGAUCUAAUGGAGUUUAUCGUCAGUAUCCAAAAUAGGUCUUUUCAAUUAGCUAAAGAAGAAGCUACACAGUACGCUCGUGGUCGCAUAUUAGGUAUCGUAAAUAAUGGUAUUGUUGAUAAAGAAAGGAUGCUAGAAGAUAUGAAACAAGGUGCUAAUAUUUACUAA